UUGCUUGCUUACUUUCAUUUCCUCUAGAUCACCAUGGCCGGCGCCGGAGGAACCAAAAACCCAACGGCAACAAAGUCAUCAUCAACCACCACCAAACCCCACCACAACCCACCACCCAUCACCCCCUCCACCCGCCGUCAAACCCUCCUCCACCUCAUCUCCCUCGCCGCCUCCGCCACCGCCGCCGCCCACUCCUUCCUCACCACCCACGACCUCACUCUCCACCCUUCCCAAACCCUCACCUUAGAAUCCAACAUCUCCACCGUCUCUCUCUCCAUCUCUCACCUCCUCUCUCUCAUCCACCACCCCAUCGCCUUCGCCGUCCCCAAACCACCCCCUCCUCCUCCCUCCUGGUUCCACCGCCUCCUCACUUCCCAAAAUUCCUCAACUUCCGAUUACUUAUUCAUCGAAUCUUUUCGCAUGUCAAGACAAUCUUUUUCCUACAUUGUUCCUCUCUUAACCCCUAAUUUAUCAUCCCUCCCAAUUGAUCCCAAUUAUGCUGUGGGUGUUACCCUGUUUCGGCUUGCGCAUUCCGCGAGUUUCAACGCGGUCGGUAGGCGAUUCGACAUCGAUUCGCCUACCGCUUGUCGGGUUUUUUAUACCGUGUGUAAAGCUGUGAUUGAUAAGUUGGGUCAUUUGUUUGAAUUAAGGUCUGAUUUGAAUAGAAUUGUGUUGGGGUUUGGGUGGAUUUCGUUGCCGAAUUGUUGUGGGGUGUUGGGUGUUGAGAGGUUUGGGGUUAAAGGGAAUUUGUUUGGGGAAAAUGGGUCUGUUAUGGUUCAGGCUUUGGUGGAUUCUGAAGGGAGGUUUUUGGAUGUUUCGGCUGGGUGGCCGAGUACGAUGAAGCCGGAACUCGUUUUACGACAGUCGGAGUUGUUUUCCGCUGUUGAGGAAUCCCGGGAGUUGUUAACGGGCCCGUCGUAUGAACUUAACGACGGGAGUUCCAUCCCGCAGUAUAUUUUGGGUGAAUCUUGUUUUCCGCUUUUGUCGUGGUUGAUUACACCGUUUAGGAAGUCGGGUAGUGAUGAUGACGUCGAGGAUGAUGACGAGGAUGAUGGUGUUGAUGAUGGUUGUUUGAACUUGAGUUCUUCGAAACAAGCGUUUAAUUCGGUGCAUAAUCGUGGGAUGGAGUUGGUUGAUACUGCGUUUGGGAGGCUGCGAGCGAGGUGGGGGAUUUUGUCCAAGGAGUGGAAGGAGGAGUCGAUUGAGUCGUUUCCUUACGUUGUGGUUACGUGUUGUUUGCUUCAUAAUUUUCUUAUUAAGUCUGGCGAGGAGUUUCCUGAUGAAGAUUCGGAGUAUACGAGGAAUCAUGGUCUUUCGGAUUAUGAAGGAGAAGGAGAUGAGACAGGGGAGAGGAUCAGAAGUGCGAUCGCUUCACAUUUAAGUCGGUGGGAAGAUUGUUGACUUAUAUCAGAACAAAGAAGAAACUCUCGAAACUUGCUACUUGGAACAAUUGCAGAUGAAACAUGAUCGUUUUGAAAGGCCUCAAAUUUUGUAGAUACCUUUUAAGGGUUUUCGAAUCUGGUAAGAAACGCUUGUAGGGUCGGUUGGUACAGAAGCAGAUGCUUUGCUAGAUAUCAAAUCUUGAAUCGAAAUUGGUAGUAUGAUCCUUUUAGAAGUUUAUUGAACCUUAUGAUGUGUCGUUUCGUCA